AAACUAGAUCGAAACUUCGAUGGUUUGACAUUGACAUCUCUCAUUUGAUGCAUUGACGUUGGCUGGAAAUAAAAAAAGCGACUUUUUGCUUAAAUUAAAGGCAGAGACUAUGUUGAAAACUUCAAUUGAACUCGAUACGCAACGAAGCACAGAGAUGACAGCAUCGGACAUUGGUAAUAACGAAAUGGUGAUCAAGCUUAAGCAUGAUUUGGAGCGAUUUCAAGCGCCUAUAGUGACUGCCUAUGGUGUCCUUACCUGGGAGAAAAAAUACUACCCCGUGGUGGUAUUGGGGGGCAUAAGCGUCGCUUAUUUCGUUCUCUGGUACAUGGAUCUAUCGGUGAUAACUCUUAUGUCUCUCCUGGCAUUGCUGACUACCAUUUCGCACUAUUUUCUUCUGUGGUGCCUGGAUCCGCCGGAUUUCAUUUUGGACUUUUUCUCAACCAAAAUGGCCGGCUUGUUUUGGAAUAUCGACAACGACGCGAAAUUCGAGUCUGUUUGCGGACAGAUGUACAUCAUCAAGGAAAGCUUGGCAGCAUGGUACCAGUAUCUAUUCAAGGAACGCAAAUCGACCGGCCUCGUGAUUGUGAAAAGCUUGGUCCUCCUGGCCAUGGCUUGGAUUGGUUCAAUCGUUAACAAUCUUCUGUUGAUGUACUUGGUCACUCUUCUCAUUGCCAUGUGGGCUGGUCUGCAAGCUAAGCACGUCUUCAAGAAACUCCAGUAGAAAGCUGAAAAAGUACUGCUCCACCCCUAGGCCCCACAUCCACAAAAUUUGUUUAGAAAUAUUACAAAAAAUCGAAGACAUCCUCAAUUCGCCAUUCCAGAUUGCAUCUGGUCUUCUUUGCUCAUCCACAAUAUGCCACUCUGCUGGAGUCGGAGGAUCCGAAAAUAUACUUUCAAAGGAAACAGUAUCGAUUCUACAUCAUUUGGAAAUGCCCUGGCGUAUCUACCCAACAACAGCAGCUUAAGAAUUACAUAAUACUCACUACGUACAUGCUUCGAUUGUUCAAUAAUUAUAACUGAAACAUCUUGAAACUCAAUCAAACGUAUUACACUCGUAUCAAUAAAA